UCGAAUAAUAUCCUCGGGAUUCGCUCUUCAAGCGGCUCUGUUGUUUCGCGGGGGACGGGCGGACGGAGGACGAAGGUGCGGCUGGCGCCCCCUGCUCGGGCCGCAGCUGUGGUAGCGCCCAGGCCCGCCGCGGGCUGGUUGGGCGCGCAGUUCGAAGGCGCGGGUCGGGGGCGCCUCACGCGCCGCAGCCGUUGGCGGUCGGGAGCGGCCGAGCGUCUCUCCUCAGCGCCGGCCUCUGGGCUGUCGGGUCUGCGGGGACCCCGGGGCUCUGGGGGCGGGCGCGGCUGCGGGCUCCUCUCGGCUCCUCUCCUCGGGCGUGCGUUGUGCCGCCGGGCCGAUGCCUGGCACCUGUGAGCCUCGACCCGUGUCUUGGGGCGGGGUGGGACAACGCCGGCUCGUCUGACGAGUCGCGUUUUCCAGCCGUUAGCUUGUGACAUUGGAGGCUAGGAGCAAAGCAACGGGAACACGGAACCCCACCAGUUCGUUUCUCGUGAACUCUUGAAUGCUCUUCCCGGCCCUUCCUGUGGCAGCUUAGAAGCGAAUGCUUAGCGGUGUAUACGGGCAGUAACAUUGAUUCUGAGAAAUGGAUAACAGCAUUUGUCAAGUUUAUGAAGAUGAAAUCCAGUCACUGGAAGAAGAAAUUAAGCUAUUGGCUGAAAAGUAUGAAGAUAGCGAACAAGAAUCCACCUUUUUUUCUGAUGAGGAGAUAUUAAUGUCAAUAAAAUCAUUCCAAAGAGAAUCUGAGGGACAUGAAUCUUUAUCAGACCUGAUAGCUCAACUUGAAAGUCUAGAAACAGAUCUCUCAUUUUUAAAGGAAUUUACUGGUAUUCAGUUCACAAGUCAUUUCAAGAAAACAGUGGAAAAAACUACAAACAGAACAGUGCGGAAGCACAGAUUAUCAGGGAAUUGCUAUUCCCUGUCUUUUCAGUUGGAAUUCCAGCUUCUUGAAAUGCAGAACAAAGAGAAGGUGUCUGCUGUUGUUACUGAUCUCAGGAUUAUAAUGGAAUCUGGAGAAGAUUCAGAUAUGAGCAAGUUUGUGUCAAGUACUGAAGAACAUGGAAAUCUCUUAAGAUUUUUCAGAAGCCUUUCAUCUUAUGCUGAGUGGUAUGAACAUCGUAGAUGCACCUUCCUACAUUUCAAGGGCAAAUAUCCUGACAUUGUAACCCUUCCAGAAGGACUGCUGGGGGAUUAUAUAAUUCUAAGGAACCCUAAACAUUCUGGGUUUGAAUUAAUGAUUGUCUGGAAGAUACAUAUAGAUGAAGAAGGGAGAACUACACCUGUUCUGGACCUUCUGACUAAAGUACCAGAGCAAGUCUUGGAGCAGAAGAUGGCAACUAUUGAAAAUGCACCUGCCUGCUUCCGAAGCAUGCUGCUUCUGUUUGGGAUUGAGACAGCUCUCGAGAAUCUGAUCAAAGUGGUUGGCUUGGAAAAAUGAAUAGCAGCAUGACUUACAACAGAGCUUACACCUACCUGUACUUUUAGCCACAUAUGAAGAACAAUGCACCCAAGUGUUGCUAAGAUCAAUUGACACCAAAUUCUGUAGUGCUUCACCUCACACGGAAUGUGCCAGAGACUGCCAAACUUCAAGACUUACAGCAUGUUCCAAAAGGUUUCACAAUGUCAGUACACCCUUACCCCACACACUUGUCCCCUUCAAUCCCCACCCCAUCCAAGGGGACUAGAAAAAUGUACUUGCUCUUCACCUCUGGAUGGGGACCCCAGCACAGCAUGUAAGAUUCAGGAGAAAUCAAGCACAGCCCCAUAU